AUGUCGGAUUACACUUCUUUGAAGGCCCAGCCACCAAUUCCGGAGCCAUUUGAGGACGAGGACGUGUUCAUUCAGCCGGAUGCGGCUAGCCCCACUCCUGCUGCUGCUCCAUCCGCCCCUGCCAAGCCAGAACCUCUUCCAGGAACGACAGCGGGGACAAGUUCCGACAACUCAGCCAAGUCAAAAAAGACUUACUCGGGAGGCCUGUUCUCCCUCAAUUACUACAGAAAGUACUUUGAUCUCGAAACGAAAGACUUUUUCAAAAACUGCUUGAGAAGCCUGAAUCCAUUAAUGUCUGUUCCGGAGGAGGAGUUUAGAGAAGUUGGUGAUCUUUAUGGAUCCGUUUGGAUCACAGCUACGUUGGUUUACCUGCUGUUUUUCUGUAACUCCUUUGCAGAACUGAUCAGCGAAUGGUUCCUCGGAAACAACAACCUCGGUAUCAACUAUUUCAAGAUGAUUAUCACCUCCAUCAAUUUGCUGUACGGAUACAUCGUUGUGAUUCCCGCAUUGCUGUAUGUGAUUUUGAGAUUCUACUUCAAAGUUGUGAUGCUGAUCCCGCUCACAAAACUGGUGUCCAUUUACUCGUACUCGAACAUCAUGUGGAUUCCGGCUGCCUUUUUGAGUAUAUUCCGCGGCUUGUUGAUCAACCACCAUGUGCUGGACACAGCUUUGAAAUGGACAUGCAUCGGAAUCGGCUGCUUGCUCAGCGGUUUGAGCAUUGCUGUGAAGCUGUCGCAGUACUUUGGUACAAUCUUUGGACAAGAGGAGAAAAAGCAAUCCACCGUGGUUCUGGGUUUAUUGGUUUUGGCCCACUUGGGCUUCUCGCUGGCUGUUAAACUGUGUUUCUUCGGCGAUUUAUAG